CCAUGCUGAAAGGCCCGGUCCGCAUUGUACCUCAGUGGAGGGAGCUCAAAUGCCAGCUUCAGGAGAAGCUGGAACGGCAAAAGGGCCUGCCGGACGUGAGCGAAGGCACCCACAUCCUGCUGAGUGACCGGCCCAGCAUCAUAUUCCGGGAGAGCUGUUUCCCCAACUGCAUGCCGCUCAUCUGCUUCUACACCACUGAGAUGGGGAACUAUUUCCCAUCGUUCACCUGGAGGAGAUCCAAAGGCAGCAAGGUGCGUGUCUGGACCUACAGUGCGGGGGACGAGUCCUCCGUGACGGAGAAAGUGUACGCCAUCGAGGAAGACCCGAUGGUCCUCAACGUCGUCUAUGUCCCCUGCCGGCACCUGUUUGUGGCCUACUGUGAUGACAUCCACUUCCGCUUCUUUGGUGACCACACUCAGGACUUCAAGCUGCUCUCGGACAUGGGCUCGCCCUACUCGAUCACCAGCAUGUGCUACAACCACACGACAGGUGAACUGGUGACGGGUGCCAUUGGCAUGGUGGUCUUCUGGUGCUUUGCCACUGGGGAGGUUCCCUAUAUGGGGGUCACACAAGAGGUGUGCAUCGCAAGUGGCGAAUUUGUGCACUUUCUCAUCGUGGAGCACGAGCGGGGGGCGCUGGUGGCCUUGUGCGAGAAUAUCAUCCGCGUGUACGACUAUCAGACCAAGGUCCUGAUCCGCACGUUCCAGGUGAGCCAAGGCGUGUCCCUCAUUUGCUGUUGUGCCAAUUGGUCCCAGAGCUUCCUCUACACCGGAGACCUGGCUGGGGAUGUCAAAGUGUGGAACUUUGACACAGGCAGCCAGAUCACCCAGUUCAAGGCCCACCUGAGCGCCAUCAGCAGUAUCAUCAGCCGGACCUCGGUGCACACCCUCAUGACCGCGUCCCUGGACGGGUUGCUGAAGGAGUGGAACCUGACUACCUGUGAGCUCCUCCGGCGUGUGGACAUUGGGGAGGAACUUUUCCAGAUGCAGUUCAUCAACGAACAGACCUUCUUCCUCCGCACUCAGUACACUUUCUCCAUCCGUACUGUCAACAACUUCUACCAGCUCUUCAACAGGCCCAAAUCCAUUCUCAAAAGGCUGGUGCGGGUGCAGUGUGGACCAGACAAGGCCCGCAUCCUGGCGACCACUGAAGAUGGGGUCAUGCGAUUCCUCUCUCCUGUUACAGGAGAAAUGCUGUUCGUCACCUGGCCCUUCCAGAUUUUAGAAAAGGCCCUGGACUAUGUUUAUGACCCAGACCGGGAGGAGCUCUUGGUGACCAUGGGCACGACCGACAUCUAUGUGCUGGACACCUCCAAGAACCCCUGCCCAGCCAAGUACAUCUUGCGUGCCUCAGACAACAUAGAGGACAAAGUGCUGUGCCUGGCCUAUAGCCGCCUGGACCUGGAUGGCCGUACCUCCAGCUUCAUCUUCAGCGGCUUCAAGAGCGGGAAGGUGCGCACUGUCACCCAGCACCUGUAUCGGAUGGGUGGCCGCAAACUGCACGAUGGCAACGUGGUGGCGCUCAGCAGCCUUUCGGCCUCAGGGAACCUGUCGUACCAUUCGCGGGAGUCCUCCUACCUCUGCUCCUACGGCCUGGAUGAAUACAUCAUCCUCUCCGACGUGAUCUUAAAGAAGAACAGCCUCCUGGAGGUGGUCCCGUUAGUUGUCAUCCCCAGCACCAAUUGCCGGAUCAACAACCUCCUGCUCAUCCCUGGCUACAUCUGCGUCUUGACGGAGCAGAACCGGGUCCGGCUGUGGCGCCAGGGAGCCCUGGUGCCUGGCAAGAAGAACCCCUUCUGGAAGGAGACGAACGCCAUGCAUUCCACCAGCAUCACCUCCUUUGACUACUGCCACACGCUCAGCAUGCUGGUGACUGGCGGCUCGGACGGGUCCGUGCGCAUCUGGGACAUCCUGGGGCAGAUGCUGGUGGAGUUUGACACCAGCCUCAAAUUCAGCCGAGUCUGCUUUGCCAACCAGCGCGGAGACCUGGUGGUGGGCUGCAACAUGAACAUCUACUUCAUCUCGUGUGUCACCUACCUGCCCAGCAAGCGCCUCCGCAUGCUGACCACCCGGCACGUGAGGGACGACGUGGUUGAACGGCCGCUGCCCUUUCUGUCCCACUUCCUUCUCUCCUUCGACAUAGUUUUCGUGCCCAAGUACCGCCAGGUGGGCAAGCUGGCAAAGAAGUAUGAACGGCUGGAGCCAAUCUCCAAUAACAAGGAGGUGGUGAUAGAGAAGAACGUGGCCAAAGUGGUGGAGUUCCUGGGCAAGGACGUGAGCAGUCUUCCUGGCCCAGAUUUCUACGGGGAUGCACCAGACAUAAAAGAAAUGCACCCCGAGUUUGCUGUGGAGUACCAGCUCAUGUGUCUGUUCAAGCCCAGGCUGUCCUUUGAGAAGAGGCCGGCCGCGCCUCCCCCGGCCCCGCCGCCCUACCGUGGGCUCCCACCUCUGGUCCCCGUGCUCCGCAGGAUCCCUUUCCAAGCCGGGCGCUCGUGGCCCAUCGCACCGGACGGCUACGUCCCCAACUCGGUUGUCCGAGCCCAGCUGUUUCCCAAGGGGACGCCUGCCGCCCUCCAGUGCUCAGUGCUGCAGAGCAGGGAUCCCUUACCAAAGCGGAAGAUGGUCAAGAUCCAGUUGCCAGAGUGGGACACAUCCGAGGUCAUUGAGAAAGCCCGGAAGAAAAAGGGGCAGAGGAUGCGGCACGCGACUUCCUCCACCGAAGGCCGCCGCCGCCGGGACCUGCUGUCUGAGCUGGUGACCAAGCCCUGGCUACGCCACAAGCCCAGCGACACCUCCCUGCCUUCCGUCACGAAGGCCAUCCUCAGCCUCAUGGACGACGUGCCCUAUUCAACCUACUUGCUCUGCACUUCUGCCCUGGUCCAGCUUGCCGAGGCAUACCAGCUGCCAACCGCUAUCCAGGAAGAGGCCUUCGACCGUCUCAUUGUGCACACGAACCAUAAGGAGGUGAGGAUGAAGCUGGCGGCUUGGGAGGCCCUGGGGAAGAUGGAUCUGUUGACUGAGAAGGAGGUGGUCCCGCUGGCCCGGGCCCUCCUGGAUGACAACAAGAAAGUGCGCGACCUGGCCCGGUCGCUGCUGGACUCCGUGGCCGGGAUCACGGAUAAGUUUGUCCUGAAGAAGGAAAUGCAACGCUUGGCGGAAGGCAGCCUAGAAGACCUGUCUGAACUGAGCCAUGACCCUGAGUUCGGGUUCCCUCGCAGGGUGCGUGCUGCCGGCAUCGUUGCUGGAUCGCAGGAGGAAGCCGUCUAUGCCCUGACGGAAGGGGCAGAGAGGUUGAUGAACCGGGUGGAGAACCAGCUGACAGCCAACCUCUUCCUAAUGUCCGAGUGCUCCCCGACAGAGAUCCAGCAGUCCAGCCGCCCACCCCUUUCCCGGCGCAAGGGCAUGUCUGAGGGAACACCCGAAGAGUUCGCCAAGCCAGAUGACCACUUGGCGGCACAGACCCGGUGGCUGGGGCUCUUCACCAGGCAGGACACGAAGCCGGAUCAGAUGUUGAGCGUCAGGGACCUCUCAGCAGCGGAGAAACUGCCUCGGAUCCAGCCGGCGCGGAGUAAGGGCGCCCCGGUGGCCCCGCCCAGUGGAGCGGCUUUGCCAGCGAGCAGCGUUGGCAGCAGCAGCAGCAGCGGCAGCAGCAGCAGCAGCAGCAGCUCCAGCAGCAGCUCCAGCGGCAGCAGCAGCAGCAGCAGCUCCACCUGGCGGGACGUGCGGCGUGCCAAGAAGGAGCUCAAGGCCAAGGAGAAGCGCCGCGAGCCCAAAGCCCUUCCCGACGUUUCCCAGGAGGCCCAGAAGCCCGCCAAGGGGCGCAAGCGGGGCCAGCCCAUCCUGCUGCAGCGAAGAGAUACCCGCACGCAGCUCUACACCGAGAUGCUGAAGCGCCAGAAGGCCAAGAAGGAGGAGCAGGCGGCCCCGGCGGCGGCGGCGGCGGAGACCCCACGGGAGAGCAGCCCGCUGCAGGCGAAGCCCAGCCCGCCCAAGCUGCUGCCGCCACUGGCGCCCAAAGGCAGCAGCAUCGACCCAAAGCAGCAGUACAGUGCCGACAAGACCAAGUGGCGCAGCGACCUCUACAAGCUCCUGAUGCUGCGCAUCGCCCCCUCGGUCGAGGGCCGCACCGCAGCUGAGGACCUCCUGGCCUCGGCCCGCCUGGCUCUGGCCCGCCGGGCCGUGUCCUGGGAGGCCUUCAUGGCCGUCAGCCAGUCCCUCCUGGCUUCUCAAGAGAAAGUCGCUGCCGAGGGGGUGGGGUGGCAGAAGCACAUGGAGGAGUUACUCAAGGGCCCCCCUGUCAAGGAGACGUCCUCGGAGGAAAGCCUGGAGGCUGUGGUGGCUGUGAGAACGAGGAGAGGCACCCUCAGCCGUUCAGAGGCCGAGGCUGGGAGCGCCGGCACAAGCCAGGAGGAUUUCGUUUGGGAGAAAAGAGAGGAGUCUGGUGAGGAAACACUCCCGGAGAAGAAGGGAGUCAAGGCUAAAGAAGCAGACAAGAGGAAGAGAGUGGUUUCCAAAAAGGAAAAAGCCAGAAAGGUGGCCAGAGGGGAAGAGCAGGUGGCUGAAAAGGAAGGGAAAGGGGAAGAGCAGGAGAUGCCCAAAGGGAAGGAACGCGAACUCGUGGCCAAGGGGGAGGAAGAGAAAGGACAGGAGGCUGCCAGGUGGAAAGCGUGGGAGGCAGCCAGGGAGAAAGAGCAGGAGGAGGAGGCCGCCGAGAAAGAGCGAGAGGCGACCAGGAAGAAAGAGCGAGAGGCAGCCAGGCGGAGGGAGGGGGAGGUGGCGGACAGGAGAGAAAAAGUGGCCAGGAGGAAAGCAAAGAAGCCGGCUGAAGAGGCGGCUGAGGCCAGAGAGGAGGAGGAGGAGGAGCUGUCCAAGGGGAGGCGGGUGAAGGACAAGCCCCUGAUCACCGAGUCCGAGAGGCUGCUGGCCCAGCUGACGGACAGCACCUUGGCUGAAAUACGGGACGAGGCCAAAGACCGAAUGAUGGCUGAACUGAAGGAGAGAGCCCUGGCGGAAGCCCAAAAGGCAGCCCAGGAGGAAGUGAAGGAGCAGGCAGAGGCCGAAGCCAGGCAGAGGGCCCUGGCCGAAGCCAGGGAGAACGCCUUGAUCGCGGCGCGGAAGAAGGCCUUGGCCGAAGCGUGGCAGAAGGCGCUGGCCAAAGCGCGCAAGGCGGCCCUGGAGGAAGUCGUGGAGCAGGUCAUGGCCGAGGCGCGAGCGAUGGCUCUGGCCGAGGGACAAGAGGGGGAGCUGGACGAGGAAAGGCUGCGGGAGCUGGCCGAGGGGAUAGCGGCGGAGCUGGCCGAGGGGAGAGCUGUGGAACUGGUCAGGGCAAUGUCCAUUCACGUGGACGAGGCCAGAGUGUUGGAACUGGCUGAGGCAGAAGCAAUGGAGCUGGACGAGACCAGAGUGCUGGAGCUGGCCGAGGGGAUAGCGGCGGAGCUGGCCGAGGGGAGAGCGGCGGAGCUGGCCGAGGAGAGCGCGGCGGAGCUGGACGAGGAGAGCCUGGCGGCCCUGCUGGAGGCCAAAGUGCAGGAGCUGGCGGAGGCGAAACUCAGAGAGCUGGCGCUAGAGGAAGAAGAAAGCUCUGACGGAACGGAGGGCCUGACCUCCGAGGAAGACGAGGCGGACAUGUGGGAGGACCUCAGAGAGGAGGGCAGCUGGCUCGCCUCGGAGGAGGAAACAGACGCAUUACUUGCCCUGUGGGAUUGGGAAGUUACCCCAGGGGCAGAGCUCGAGAUCUCGGAACGUGCGCAGUUGCUCCUGGAAAUCCUGACGGAGCCGCAGAAGCUGGAGCUGAGCGAUUCCAAAACACUUCUGCGCCUCUUCCAAGCGAUGUCGCUACUCCAGAUUGCUUCGACGAUGGAUGUUGAGGCCCUGGAGGAGGCGUUGCUGAAGAAAGCGAUGGAAGUCAUCAAGGAAGGCGAGGGGAUUCCGGGGGCCCUGCCGGAAGGGACUGCUCUGGUUUUGGCAGCGCUGAAGGAAGCGGUGGGAGGCCACCAGCCCUGGCUCACUGAUCCCAGGGAGUUUACAGCCAGGAUGAGGGCCCUUCUGAAGACCUCCGUGACCGUGCUGCGGGCCAGGAACAUGAAGGAGAAACUGGAGAGGGUCUUGAAGAAGGGCUGGCGAGAGCGAGCCGAGAGGGAGUGGGUGCAGGAAGGUGGCAAAAGAGUGGGGAAAAGGGCCUGGUUCAAGAGGAAGCUCAAGGAGGCCAUUAGGAAGUGGCAGGCCGAAGCAGAGAGGGCCCAGCAGGAAAGAUUAAUGCUGCAGCGCAGGCACAGAUGCAUCCAGUUCAGAACACGGCUCAUCACACUGGACCACGAGGCUGAGAAGGAGAGCGCCAGGGAGACGCAGAGAGAGAAGCAGAAGGCGGCGGAGGUGAAGGAGAUGCAGAAGAAGGGCGAUGCAGCUGCCCAGAGAAGGCUGAUCUGGUCCUUGGGUGACCAGCGCACGAGGGGCUGGAAGACCAUUUUGCACAUGGAGCAGGACCUGGGCCUGACGCCAGAGGAGCAGUCCCGGAUACCCAAGCUCAAGCAUUACCGGCUUCCAAAGGACUUCCUGUUCAAGACCACCAAGCCCACGCCACUCACGAGGCGGCAUAAGCUCAGAAGGGUCGGCCAGCAGCAUGUUUUCCGUCUCAGUGACGAUAAAGGUAUCGACUGGGAGAGGUUCAUGAAGCUCUACCAGUCGCUCUUGUCUCUGAAGGAGGUGGAAGGCGGCGUCCGUUCGGCAGCUUGGCGCGAUCAGUCCUCCAAGUUGCUAGACCUCUACGGUGUGGGCAACCCGCUCAUCCGGGUCAUGGUGCAGCAGCUGCUGACGGAUGACCAGCGGCAGCACAAAUACGUCCCGAGCAACACCCUGUCGUUGAGAGAGGCCCGGCCGGAUUUGGGCCAGCGGAUCCUCUAUGAGUUGGUCCAUCACUCCAUCCGGAUUCGGCCCAAGCCCUCCACCUUGCAUGGCGUCAUCCCCCUCAGCUACCAGAACAACGUGCACCCCUUCAGGGCGAGGGGCAUGACGCGCUUUGGCACCCUGUCCCUCAAGUGGAAGACCUUCUUCUCCCAAGGGCAGCUGCCCAAGUUGCGCCUGUACAUCCACGCGUCUCCCAUUUGAAGCAGCGCUGGCUGCAAUAA